AUGAAUCACUCGGAGAAUGCACUUACCACCGGAAUGAAGAAACAAGAAUCCUUUCAAGAUGAAGCUGUUGAUCAGCUUGAAGCCGGAAAUGCCAGACGCCGUCUUCGUUUGCCUUCGCAAAUCGCCGCAGGCAACCGGGAUGAGUGGGUAAAGAUAUUGCCUAGUCGAGAGAGUGAGGACAACCUGAACUGGGGAGGCGCGAUUAGCGUCGUGGACAUCAACGAAUCGGUCGAACGAGGCGGGGUCGCAAGAACAGGCGAGAAACGGAAGGGCGAGAAUGUCCUAGUCGCCUGA